AUGAAGUUUCUCGCAUCCCUUCUUUUGCUGGCUACCUCUGCCAUCGCAGCUCCUGUCACUAUCACUACCAGGCAGUCCAAGCGCUUCCAUCUCAAGUCUACCGGUGCUACCAAUGAGAAUCACAACAACCUCUAUGUCUACGCAUACCACACGGGCGCAGGUCUCAACGAUGCCGUGCUCACCAAGGAUGCCAGCAUAGCCAGUCCUAUCUAUCUGAAUGGGACAAACGCGCUCGUCGAUUUGAAAACCGAAUUCUCGUGGGGAUUGAUCGCCACUGGCGACACCAACUAUGGCUCAUGGGAACCUAUCGUUAUCAAUGCCGGCAGUGGCGGCAGCUCAGGGUACUCCAUCAAGGGGGACAGCACCUUCCAGUGGUCGGAAAGCAGCGGCUUCGGUGGCUGGCUCGUCUGUGAUUGGUACCACAAUGCGCCCCAGCUAUUCUACUUGAACCGAUACUACACCGCCACCAUUCCCUCCAGUUGCUCCAAGGUCCAGUUGAAGAUCGAAUACAUCUAG